GCAGUGGCUCUUUCUGGGUCCCUGUAAAGAUGUCUGAGCAGGCGGGGAGGGAGCGGAGCGGAGGACCCGAAACAAACGGACAGAACCCGCAACUCUCCGCAACUUAACCGGUCAAGUGUGUCUUCCUGUGCAUGCAGGUGAUGUGUUUCUGACGAGCUGCGGAGAUGUCCAAUGACAGCCAGGGAUCGGUGAAGGGGGAGGCGGCCAUAACAGCGUCUCCCUCUGGCUCCGCCUCCUCUCAGGACCCACCCCUUUCCCCUUCCACCACCGCCAAACCACCGGAGCUCCCAGAUGAGCUGGUCCAGGCUGGAUGGUCUAAGUGUUGGUCCCGGAGGGAGAACCGACCGUAUUACUUCAACAGGUUCACCAAUCAGAGCCUGUGGGAGGUGCCGGUGCUGGGCCAGCAUGAUGUCAUCUCUGAUCCUUUAGGUCUGAACGCGGCACCAGCAGAGGGCGGAGCCGGAGAAGGUAACCUUGGUAACGGUCAGAGGAAGAGGAGGAUCUCUGAGGAACAGGGGGCGGGGCUUAACAGCAUCAAACGAGUCAAGGCGGAGCCGACAACACCAAUUUCCCCCAGCACGCCUGGUGCCAAACACUGGAGCUCCGCCCCCGAGGACAAACCGACCCUGCCGGCCACGCCCACAACCCCAAGCCCUGCCCCCGCACCCUACAGACCAGCUGUGAUUUACUGGGAUCUGGACACCCAGACCAACGCUGUGAUCAGAGAGCACCCCCCCGCCCACCACCUGCCCCCCCACCCCGAGAUCGAGCUGCAGAGAGCACAGCUCGUCACCAAACUCCGCCAGCACUACCACGAGCUGUGCCACCAGAGAGAAGGUAUCGAUCCUCCGCGGGAGUCGUUUAACCGCUGGCUGCUGGAGAGGAAGGUGGUGGACAAAGGUCAGGACCCGUUACUGCCCAGCGACUGUGACCCCGUCAUCUCACCGUCCAUGUUCAGAGAGGUCAUGAACGACAUUCCCAUCAGAUUGUCUCGUAUCAAGUACAAAGAAGAAGCCCGGAAGCUGCUCUUUAAAUACGCUGAAGCUGCCAAGAAGAUGAUUGACUCCAGGAAUGCGAGUCCAGAGAGCAGGAAGGUGGUGAAGUGGAACGCUGAGGACACCAUGAGCUGGCUGCGCAGAGAUCACUCCGCCAGCAAAGAGGACUACAUGGACCGUCUGGAGCACCUGAGGCAGCAGUGCGGUCCUCACGUCACCGCCGUGGCCAAAGACUCGGUGGAGGGAAUCUGCUCUAAGAUCUACCAGCUGUCUGCAGAGUACAGUCGCCGGCUGAGGCAGACGCACCUGAGUCUGCUGCAGGACCCGCCCACUACAGAGGUGUGUGCGUCCUCCCAGCAGUCCCGGCUUGUCUACUGUUACCCGGUGCGUCUGGCCAUCCCGUCGCCGCCGCUGCCUCGAGUCGAGCUGCACUUUGAGAACGACAUGGCGUGUCUGCGCUUCAAAGGAGAGAUGGUCAAACUCAACAGAGGACACUUCAGCAAACUGGAGUUGUUGUACAGGUACAGCUGUAUAGACGACCCACGCUUUGAGAAGUUCCUACCCAGAGUCUGGUGCCUCCUCAAGAGAUACCAGGUGAUGUUUGGCAGCGGCGCUAACGAGGGGACUGGUCUGCAGGGGGCGCUGCCAGUGGCGGUGUUCGAGGCGUUGGUCCGACAGUUUGGAGUUUCCUUCGAGUGUUUUGCUUCGCCGCUCAACUGCUACUUCAAACAGUUCAGCUCCGCCUUCCCAGACACAGACGGCUUCUUCGGAUCCAGAGGGCCGUUCCUGUCUUUCUGUCCAGUCAGCGGCUCGUUUGAAGCAAACCCUCCGUUCUGUGAAGAGCUGAUGGAUGCCAUGGUGACGCACUUUGAGGGCCUGUUGGAGAAGUCCUCUGAACCUCUGUCCUUCAUCGUCUUCGUCCCUGAGUGGCGUGACCCCGUGACCCCGGCUCUCACCCGCAUGGAGGCCAGUCGCUUCCUCCGGCACCAGCUGACCGUCCCGGCCUACGAGCACGAGUACCGCUCGGGCAGCCAGCACAUCUGCAAGAGAGAGGAGAUGUACUACAGGGCGGUCCACGGUACUGCGGUCCUCUUCCUCCAGAACGAUGCUGGUUUUGUGAAGUGGGCUCCGACCACCGAGCGUCUGGCUGAGCUGACGGCCGCGUACCGCCCCUCCCCCUCCCGCCCCUCCACCUUGUCUUCUCCUGGCCCCGCCCCCGUCGCUCCUGGAGACAAAGACUCCGCCCCCAAGGCAGCUGACAUGACGCAGAGCGCUGUGACGUCACCAGGUGGCCAUGACGACAACAACAACAACAACAACAACAGCAGCAGUAGUAGUAGUAGUAGCAGCAGUCCCCGAGACAAGAUGGCUGCUGUGUAGAGAGGAAACAGCGUCGGUCCAGAUUGUCCCUCACCAGCACCUGUAGCACACCCUCCGCUUCUGUCGACACCCACAAUGCUGUUCUGCCGCCGCCUGCAGGGGGCGGGGCCCAAGUUAACCCUUUCUCCAUUCACAGCGGCUCUUCUGAUUGGUCGAGAGCUCUUUCUUUAAACCUGCAGCGACAACAAAGCAACACAAACCUUUCCAUUCACUCGUGAUGUCACCUGUGAUGUCACUGGAGGACCUGUGAUUGGUUAACAAGGCAGCUAUCGUUUCUAUUGGACUCGUGUUUCCAGAGAGAGGCGGUCUGAAGCCCCGACACACCCAAGAGGCCGGAGGUUUGACUCCCGCAGCGGCGCUACUAGCCGUCAGUCUGCUUUUAAUUGGCCAAUCUUUGUAGAAGCGUGCUGCGUGCUGAUUGGCUCACUGACGCUGAUGAGAUUUUUCCAUACUCAAUACUUUAGAGGUAAAUCGGUGCCUAAAAAGUAUUGAAUUGGGUACCCAUCCCUACGUAUCCUAGCAACAGUUAGUAUCACGCAGAGAGUACGUGGUAGUGGAUGGAGUCUUCACGGUGUGUUUAGGGGAACUUUUUGGCCAAGGCAAAAGCAACGUGCGGCAACGUCAGAGUCGUCUGCUUGGUGUGUCGUUAGGACUCAGACUGGCCAGCGAGGUCACCAGUCCCAUCAGACUUCCUGUGGUGUCACUAGUAAACAGGAAGUGGUCAGAGACGUGUUGGACAGUUUAGGCUAGAAGGGAUACAGCUACACCGAUGACAGUUCUGUUUGGAGAGAUACCAAUACCAUUUACCAAUACUAAUACCAUAUACCAAUACCAUAUACCAAUACCGAGCUGGGGACAGUUCUGUUUGGAGAGAUACCGAGGUCGGGGAAAAGCCUCCAAUGCUGCCUGAGUAUGUGAAAGUACACACUGAUCCGAUAUCUUAAAGACCCUCAAAUACUACUCCUUAAAAUACUUUAUUGAUGUUCUUUUAUUGAGUUUAACCUGAGUCAAUGGAAGCAGCCCUAUCUCAUCCAUACAGGGUUAUACAGCUGUUAAAACAUAAUCUAGUAUAUACUAAAAUGAUAUUAUUAUAUGAUCCUAGAUUAAGUGUAACGUGCGUCCGUAGCUGUAUCCCUUCCAGCCGCGGCGUCUGUCUCCAUGUGACCCCAGUCACCUGGCAACGUGUAGAUACUGUACAGUUAAACUGAUAUGAAGUCUGUUGGUUGUUAAAACACGUUGAAUUGUUCUUUUUUAUUUGAUUUAAUUUAACAUUUUUUAAAGAGAUGAUCUGUUUUCUGUAAUAUACAGUUGAUGAUAGUUUGUUUCAAACUAAACCAAAGUGUUAUUAAGAAGAUGUAUAUCCUGUAUGUGUGUAUUCAUCAGUAAUGUCGGGAUCCUCCUCCUCAUUAUUUUAUUAUUCUCUUCAGUAACUCUUUGUUUUUUAUGGCUUUUUCUUGUGCAUGAAAUCUUUUGGACUUUAAAUAAUGUUUGUAA